GGGCCGCCGCCCCUCCCGGGCCCGCCCUCCUUCCCUCCCUCCCCGGUUCGCCUAGCCCGCCCUGCCCGGCCCGCCCUGCGAGUCAGUUCUCUGGUUCCCUCCCUCCCCGGGCGCGCUCGGGCCGCCGCAGCGCUCCCCGCCCUCGAGCCGCGGUGCCGGAGCCGCCCGCCGCCCGCGGAGGAGGUGGAGGGAGCCGGAGGGGCCCGCCGAGGCGGCGGCGGCGGCGGCAAGAUGGCGGACUUCCUGCCGUCGCGGUCCGUGCUGUCCGUGUGCUUUCCCGGCUGCGUGCUGACGAGCGGGGAGGCCGAGCAGCAGCGCAAGUCCAAGGAGAUCGACAAAUGCCUGUCCCGGGAGAAGACCUACGUGAAGCGGCUCGUGAAGAUCCUGCUGCUGGGCGCGGGCGAGAGCGGCAAGUCCACUUUCCUGAAGCAGAUGCGGAUCAUCCACGGGCAGGACUUCGACCAGCGCGCGCGCGAGGAGUUCCGCGCCACCAUCUACAGCAACGUGAUCAAAGGUAUGAGAGUGCUGGUGGAUGCUCGAGAGAAGCUUCACAUUCCUUGGGGAGAUAAUGCAAACCAACUGCAUGGAGACAAGAUGAUGGCUUUUGACACCCGGGCCCGUGCGGUGUCCCAGGGAGCGGUGGAGACGCGGGUUUUUUUGCAAUACCUUCCAGCUAUAAGAGCGUUAUGGGCAGAUAGUGGCAUACAGAAUGCUUAUGACCGGCGUCGAGAAUUUCAACUGGGUGAAUCUGUAAAAUAUUUCCUGGAUAACUUGGAUAAACUUGGAGAACCAGACUACAUUCCAUCACAACAGGAUAUUCUGCUUGCUCGAAGACCCACCAAAGGCAUUCAUGAGUACGACUUUGAAAUUAAAAAUGUGCCUUUCAAAAUGGUUGAUGUCGGCGGUCAGAGAUCAGAAAGGAAACGUUGGUUUGAAUGCUUCGACAGUGUGACAUCGAUACUUUUUCUUGUUUCCUCCAGUGAGUUUGACCAGGUGCUUAUGGAAGAUCGACUGACCAAUCGCCUUACAGAAUCUCUGAACAUUUUUGAAACAAUUGUCAAUAACCGGGUUUUCAGCAAUGUCUCCAUAAUCCUCUUCUUGAACAAGACAGACUUGCUUGAGGAGAAAGUGCAGAUUGUGAGUAUCAAAGACUAUUUCCUAGAAUUCGAAGGGGAUCCCCACUGCUUAAGAGACGUCCAAAAAUUCCUGGUGGAAUGUUUCCGGAACAAGCGCCGGGACCAGCAGCAGAAGCCCUUGUACCACCACUUCACCACUGCUAUCAACACGGAAAACAUCCGCCUGGUGUUCCGGGACGUCAAGGAUACUAUUCUUCACGACAACCUCAAGCAGCUCAUGCUACAGUGAUGUACAGAAGACUCGCUCUUUAAUAUCUCUUUGUGUUUUUGAUUGUUUUCUGUUUGGUUUUUUUUUUUUUUUUUUUUUAAAUAGCAGUUUACAUCAGGAAUUAGAAAAAGAUCUUGAUUCUGUGUUUAACUUCUUUGGAAAUCGUAGUCCUUCUGUGGCCUUUGGUGUGCAGCUCUAAGCUGCUGGUAACACAGAGCCAGUAUCUGCUGACCUGCAGGCUGUGAUGAGUCCCACGGUGACCUCUGGGCGCUCAGUGGUGGCCUCCUGGCCAGCCUCAGACUCGUUACAUUUCAGGCUUGGUUCUUCCACCUUUCAAAUGAAUUCUCCUGUAGUGCCAAGGAUAGAAGGUAUCCUUAAAUACUUGUAGGUGUGGGCUUAGGGUAUUUGGCUCUAGAACAAGCGAGCUCUCCAGCCUGCCUUACACGCGGCAGUGACAGUGGGCGCCUGGCUCCGCGACGCCCUCCUGUCUCGAAAGGUUCUGUUGGAAUACUGCUCUGAGUGGGGAAUGGCAGUCUGCAGCUUUGCAGGGGUUUGGCCGUCUUGUUGUUAAAAUUGCUUAUGUGACCAAGUUUCUGAAGGCAGUGCUCUUAGUGUGUGCAAGUUUACGUGAGGAUCUCUGGUCUGAUGCUAAGGAGGAUGCUCCAGGGAACAAAAGGCGAGCAAGUGCCGCGUGGAAGCUUUCAGUCAAAAGUAAUGAGUGCAGUGCCGCUCGCUCUGCCCUUCAGCUAGCGUGCGAUGCGAUGUGCCGUGUACGAAACACUGGGGCCUGCACAGCAACUGAGAGACGCAGACAGCUUGGUGGCAGAACCUGCUCAGUACACACACCUGUCCCGGAAUGUCGUGUGUGUCGCCUUUAAACCCUUUCCAGUUAACGUUGGGCCCCACGGUGGGAAGUCUCUGCUGUGUCCUCACCAUCGUCAGGUUCCCCCUCCUGUUCGUCCCCAGCAGCUCCAGGCCGGCAUUCAUGGGAUUCUUUUCUUUUGGUUUGUUUGGAGCUUGCCAAGAGCAAUAUUUUCCUGUCAAACUACUCAAGAAGGCAUUUGAGACUCUCGUUCAUUCUUGGUGUCUGUAGAAGAUACAAUGUGUACAUGUUUGUAAUUAUUGUGUAUGAGAUGCCAGCUUUAUUGAGGUACCUUUCCAAUGUUCAGUUCACACCGGAAGGUGGCCACCUUUAACCCCGAGCCCCACUGCCAAGGGCUUUGUGAUCACGGACACCUUGACGUUGAGCCCCACAGGGUGGCUGGUGUGCAGUGCGGGAAACACUGCCGAGUGGGCUGUGUGUGAAGUUAGCUUUGGAGUAGAGAAACCAAUGCCCAGUCUGCCAGCUUUUCGCGGGCAUGGUGACGGGACUGUGAUACUGUCGCUGUAGCGCACAGCUGCCUGUGCUCAGGGAUUGUUCAGCGUUAGAGACCACACAGCCUUCCCGAGUCACGGCUCUUGUUCUGUCUUGCUGUCAGGGUGAGAGCAGAGCUCUUCCGUGAGCCAGCCAGGGACCGUUCUUGGCACAGCUGACUUCUGGUGUGGGAAGCUCCUCGAUGAUCAUUCUGUCCAUAUGUUUUGCAGUGUUUUCAUGCCUUGGUAAUACAUGAGCUGCAGACUUGUAGCCCGACAGUAUCAUGCAGCUGUUCAUAGUAUAUAUCAUGCAUGUUUGAAUAGUUCUACAUCUAGUGCUUCUUGCCAAAAAGAAUACAUUGUUUGAGUUCACAAGGUUAGCUUGAUUUCUGUAGUAACCAAUUUCUGAGUUUGUACACAGUCACAUUUGGACUAUUCGGUGGCCAAUCGUAAAUCUAGCAGAUAGUUUCUUGAAUGGCCAAAACAUUCAGCUCCCACGAAGGGUAAAGUCAGUUCCUUGUAGGAAGAGGACCCGAAGUCUUAUUUACAUUAUGUGUGUGGUGGGAGUCAUAAAUACUGCCUUCAAAGCAGAAAUCACCAUCUUGACUACCACCCGGAAGUGUUAAAGCACCAAAAAUCAGGGGCUUUUGCAAAUGUUCUUCCCUGAUGUGUGUGUGUGUGUUCAGAAUUAACAUUGUUUUAAACUUCAGACUGUAUUUUGAGGCAGUGAGUCACAUCUACUUAAUAUAAGCAGGCUUGUUGAAGCGUUCAGUAGAACUGUGCGUUCAGUCUGGACACUCAGUCCAUUUUCUGUGCUGUGUUUUAAGCUGUUUGAAGGAGCCUCUACCCAUAUCAUGAAAACCAAAUGCUUUUGAAAUACUGCUCUGUGAAGAGGGAGAGAAUAUACUGAACAGAAUUUAAAAGGUGCUUAUAAUUUUUACUAUGCCAGUUUGCCCCCAGUCUCUUUAAAAAAAAAAAAAAGUAAUUUAGAUGUAGACUUCUUUGAUGUGUGUGAUUUUCUAAAUCCUUGUGGUUUGGGAUUGGAAUAAAAUGUGCCUAACUCCAUGUUCUCGUUGUCUGUGAACCUGCAUGCCUUCUCAUUCUGGAGGGACAGCACCCUAGUGUUUGUGGCCCUAGAAGACGUGGAUGAGAUCAGAGUUGCGUACAAAUCCAACAACCGUAGACCUUAAUUUUUAUGGGGAAUGGGUUUUGUCAAAUGUUUCUGAAGAUUAAAUGAUUCAAGGCGUGCCUCUGCCAUGCGAGUGUUUUCAGUAAUCAGAAUUGUUGCUUUCUGCCAAAUAUUCGCUUGGAAUUUUCGUUUCAGCUUUGUUAUCUGGAAGGGGCACUUGGUGGCUAGCGUGCAGCCAGCGAAGGCAGAGUGGAAUGAAAUGAUGAUUCGCUUUCGUUUGGCUUUCCUUACAAGUGCAUUGGCGUGACAUAGAGAAGGCCCUCUGGUCUCUCAUGUUGGGGCUGUUUAGGGAAGUCCUUGCUCAGUCAUUGGCAGUGCCUGGUUUAAAGAAGGAAAUAGCAUCACCUUAGUACCUUGAUCUUGAGCAGAAAUCCUCUGCCCUGUAGCUUUUUUUGUAAAAGGAGAUGGCUAAAUCUUAACUUUUAAUGUAUACCCAAAUAUUUGUAUUUAUGCUUUUGGUAAAAUGUAUUUUCAGCAUUAAUACACAUGUCGGUUAUGCCUUAUUUAUUUGAAGAAUAAAGUUACCAACUUAAGCUGUUAUGUCCUGAAACUCAAAUCAGUAUUUGAGAAACCCUCAAAUUGGUGCUCUCAUUAUAUAAUGAUACAUUUAGACAAAACCCCAGACCAAGCCAUUUGAAAUAGGAUUCUCUCCAUUGCAAUUUGUAGCUAUGUUAUUUCUGUUUAUGCAGUGAGAAGGCUGAAUAUCAGUGUUAACUCUUAAUUUCUUGUUUGAAUCCAUGAAAUCAUGCUUGUUAAACCCACACAUCUGUAACAAACUCCCUAAUAAAUCCAGACCAAGUCACUGUUAGCUUUUCCUUCGUUUUUUUGAGGAGUUUUUCCCUGGGCCAUACGACUUAGUACCUUGGUUCUGUGGUCUCCGUUUCCGUCAUUCCAAGGUUAAGGUCCUGCCGUCACAGGGGGUCUGUCCUUGUGCUGCAUUACUCAAGUACUGUGUUGUUUUCAAUGCUGGAUUCAGGUGAGCUUCUCGGUCAAGUAAAUGCCAGGGGGGAGGGAUGAGCGGGUGUGGACGCGACUCCGUGUUCCGGAUAAAGCAGAUCAGAGGCCAUAUUCAUUACGGUACGAGGUUAGGGCUUGGUAAAUGUAUGCUGUAGAUUGAAGUGUGAGUCUGACCCGAACGUUUCAAACCAGUUGGACUGUUUAGGCCUUUUCUAGUACCGUCGGAUGGGAGCCUUCGGGCAGCAGCGACAGCAUCAUCUGCAAUGCAGUGUUUGUGCCACACACACUCUUCUGCCUGUACCUGAAUGUAUGCUUAAACUUUAAAUGAAUAUGUUCAGAUCUGACCAUCAGGUUUCAAAUGUAAGCCAGAGCUUACGUGGAGCGUUGAUUGUUUUUUAGAGCAUUAACGAUAUGGCAGGAUUUUCUGGGUUGGUAAGAGGUGUUUGUGACGUGUACAAAUCUGUUGAUUGUGAUGACAAUGUACAGAUGAAUCAAACAUGCAGAGACCUUCUGUGCAUCAGUCUGCAGUCAGUGACGACCACUGGCAGUGAUGCACUACUUGGUAUGUGACUUUGGCUUGUGUAGAAAGCUUAUUUAUACUAUUUUUUUAAUACUGUUUCUUGCCAUGGUAAGUGAUGAUUUUGUCCUCAGUCAUGCCUGUUUGCUGGUACCAGGCAAAAAGGGGAUGGGAUAAGGGUCAAUUCUUGCAAAGUCUUUGUAACAAUGCAACCAACUAUGCCAUUUGCCCUUUCUUUACCUCUUACUUGAAAGCAGAAUCGCAAAAUGUCUUCGGUGGCUUUGCUGUUAUUACGGUGAGAGCUCAUUUACCACAAGAAGCCUUAUCAGAAAGUAUAUUUUGUGACAACCUCAUAGAUGUUGUACCUAACAAAACCUGACUUGUAUUAGCUCUGUAUAAAAGUUCCUUGUGGCUUAGGAGUCUUUACUCACAUCUUUGUAUAACUUUCCCAGAACUAAGCACAUUAUCUGAUACUGUAAAAUUUAUUUUGUCAGUGCUGUAGUUCAGGAUUGGCAAUAAAUUAUUUCUAAAGGUGGUCUGAAAGUGGAAAGAAUUUGAUUUUCUGAUAGGAGUUGCUAGUGCAGUAAUGCUUUUUACUUUUGUACAUAUUUUGCAAAAAAUUUGCCUCUUGCUAUUGAUAUUGCUUUGUAAAAAUUACUGACAUUUAAUAAACAUUUACAAAUGA